AUGCCGCUCGCAAAGGAAGGUGGCAUGAAGGUGCCAAACGCACGCAAGGAUUUCCGUAAAGAAACGCCCGCCCAUGUGUCCUCCAGCGAGAGCAGCAACAGCAGCAGCAGCUCAGGAGAAGAGGAGAGCAACCAGCCUCCUAGAAAACACCUCCAGACAGAUAAGUGGGCCAAAAAGCGCAAGGUAUCUGUCGGUACGAAGCCGACAAGAAAACACAAAGACCGGACGCCUGGCAGCGACGAGUACGAUGAACGCUACGAGUCUGAUGGAGGCAACGACAGCGACGAGGGCAAGAAGCCCCCGCCGCGUAAGAAGGCUUGUGCUCAUGCCAACGCAAACACAACAACAACCAGACCAACCGGAAAGAUCAAGGGUCCGGGCAGGGGUAAGGGCAAAGCGAAGGUCUCCGAGGCCAGAGAGUCCUUGUUCAUGACCGCAGACCUGCAAUAG